UCCAGCGUAGAUAUCAGACGCUCCCACCUGUUUCGCUCACUGUACUUUACGCAUCGCGUCAUCAUGCGUGAAAUUGUACAUCUGCAAAUUGGACAAUGUGGCAACCAAAUCGGCUCGAAGUUCUGGGAAGUGAUCACCGAGGAACAUGGCAUCGACAGAACAGGAAUCUACGUGGGAGACGACAACAUCCAACUGGAGCGGGUCAACGUCUACUUCACCGAGGCACACGGUGGUAAAUAUGUGCCCAGGUCACUGCUGGUGGACCUGGAACCUGGCACCAUGGACAGCAUCAGAGGAAGUCGCAUCGGCGCUCUUUUUAGGCCCGACAGCUUCAUCCAUGGAAACUCGGGCGCUGGCAACAACUGGGCAAAGGGCCACUACACGGAGGGCGCUGAGCUUAUAGAACAGGUGAUUGACCGGCUAAGGACGGAGAGCGAGAGUUGCGACUGCCUCCAAGGCUUCCAGCUGGUCCACUCCCUCGGCGGCGGCACCGGCUCCGGCAUGGGCACCCUCAUCAUCAACAAGAUCCGAGAGGAGUACCCCGACCGGAUCAUGACCAGCUUCAGCGUCAUGCCCUCCCCUAAGGUCUCAGACACGGUGGUGGAGCCCUACAACGCCACCCUGUCGGUGCAUCAGCUCCUGGAGAGCACCGACAUGACCUUCUGCAUCGACAACGAGGCGUUGUACGAUAUCUGCUUCCGUACGCUCAAACUGACCACGCCCACCUACGGGGACCUCAACCACUUGGUGUCCAUGACCAUGAGCGGGGUCACCACCUCGCUGAGGUUCCCGGGGCAGCUCAACGCAGACCUGAGGAAGCUGGCGGUCAACAUGGUGCCGUUCCCCCGCCUCCACUUCUUCAUGCCGGGCUUCGCCCCGCUGACGGCGCGCGGGAGCCAGCAGUACCGAGCGCUCACCGUGCCCGAGCUCACCCAGCAGAUGUUCGACGCGCGCAACAUGAUGACGGCCUGCGAUCCCAGGCGGGGCCGCUACCUAACGGUCGCCGGCAUCUUCCGCGGGAGGAUAUCCACCAAGGAGGUGGACGAACAAAUGCUGGCCAUCCAGCGAAAAAACAGCGACUACUUCGUGGACUGGAUCCCUCACAACGUCAAGGUCGCGGUGUGCGACGUCCCGCCCCGCGGCCUCAAACUGUCCUCCACUUUCAUCGGCAACAACACGGCCAUCCAGGAAAUAUUCCGCCGCGUGGGCGACCAGUUCUCCUUGAUGUUCAAACGCAAGGCCUUCCUGCACUGGUACACGGGCGAGGGCAUGGACGAGUUGGAGUUCACCGAGGCCGAGGGCAACCUCAACGACCUGGUGUCAGAGUACCAGCAGUACCAAGACACCACGGCCGACAUGGAGUCCGACGUGGAGGACGAAGAGGAGGAGGAACAGGAACCCCCUUCCAGGACGGCGCCCGCCGUGUUUCAGUCUCAAAUGGAAGUCAAAAUAGAAACAGUGACAGAAAUCAAUGAAGAAAUUAUCGAUUAGUGGAAGACUUUGGGUGUGUGGUCCUGUUAAGUCCACGCGUAAACAUUUUAAUGGCAAUAACUUACAAAACCAGUGAAGUUGGCACGUUGUGUAAUUCGUAAAUAAAAACAGAAUACAAUGAUUUGCAAAUAUUUUUCAACUUAUAUUCAAUUGAAUAGACUGCAAAGACAAGAUAUUUAAUGUUCCGACUGAGAAACGUACAUUUUUUUGGGAAAAUAAUCAUUAACUUAGAAUUUAAUGCAGCAACACAUUGCAAAAAAGUUGGCACAGGGGCAUUUUUACCACUGUGUUACAUGGCCUUUCCUUUUAACAACACUCAAUAAACGUUUGGGAACUGAGGAGACACAUUUUUGAAGCUUUUCAGGUGGAAUUCUUUCCCAUUCUUGCUUGAUGUACAGCUUAAGUUGUUCAACAGUCCGGGGGUCCCCGUUGUGCUAUUUUAGGCUUCAUAAUGUGCCACACAUUUUCAAUGGGAGACUGGUCUGGACUACAGGCAGGCCAGUCUAGUACCCGCACCCUUUUACUAUGAAGCCACGCUGUUGUAACACGUGGCUUCCAAUCCAAUCCAAUCCACUUUAUUUAUAUAGCACAUUUGCACAACAAGAAUGUUUCCAAAGUGCUGCACAGCCAUGUUAAAAACAAUAUUAAAAACAAUAUUAUGCUCCAUCAAUGACUGAGUAAAAACAAAAAAUAAAUGAAUAGAAAACCAAUAUAAAACAAUAUAAAAAGAUAAAUAUGAUUAAAAACGAUUUUAAAGGGUAAAACCAAUUAAAACAGUAAAAUAGAAAUCUAAAUGUAUUUUUAAAAAAACACAGAGGACAACAGAGGACAGAAGACCAUUGUCAUUGGCAUUGUCUUGCUAAAAUAAGCAGGGGCGUCCAUGGUAACGUUGCUUGGAUGGCAACAUAUGUUGCUCCAAAACCUGUAUGUACCUUUCAGCAUUAAUGGUGCCUUCACAGAUGUGUAAGUUACCCAUAUCUUGGGCACUAAUACACCCCCAUACCAUCACACAUGCUGGCUUUUGAACUUUGCGCCCAUAACAAUCCGGAUGGUUCUUUUCUUUUUUGUUCCGGAGGACACGACGUCCACAGUUUCCAAAAACAAUUUGAAAUGUGGACUCGUCAGACCACAGAAGAUUUUUCCACUUUGCAUCAGUCCAUCUUAGAUGAGCUCGGGGCCAGCGAAGCCGGCGGCGUUUCUGGGUGUUGUUGAUAAAUGGCUUUCGCUUUGCAUAGUAGAGUUUUAACUUGCACUUACAGAUGUAGCGACAAACUGUAGUUACUGACAGUGGUUUUCUGAAGUGUUCCUGAGCCCAUGUGGUGAUAUCCCUUACACACUGAUGUCGCUUUUUGAUUUAGUACCGCCUGAGGGGUCAAAGGUCUGUAAUAUCAUCGCUUACGUGCAGUGAUUUCUCCAGAUACUCUGAACCUUUUGAUAGUAUUACAGACCGUUGAGGGUGAAAUCCCUAAAUUCCUUGCAAUAGCUCGUUGAGAAAUGUUUUUCUUAAACUGUUCGACAAUUUGCUCACGCAUUUGUUGACAAAGUGGUGACCCUCGCCCCAUCCUUGUUUGUGAAUGACUGAGCAUUUCAUGGAAGCUGCUUUUAUACCCAAUCAUGGCACCCACCUGUUCCCAGUUAGCCUGUUCACCUGUGGGAUGUUCCAAAUAAGUGUUCUGAUGAGCAUUCCUCAACUUUCUCAGUCUUUUUUGCCACUUGUGCCAGCUUUUUUGAAACAUGUUGCAGGCAUCAAAUUCCAAAUGAGCUAAUAUUUGCAAAAAAUAACAAAGUUUCCUAGUUCAAACAUUAAAUAUCUUGUCUUUGCAGUCUAUUCAAUUGAAUAUAGUUUGAAAAGCAUUAGCAAAUCAUUGUAUUCUGUUUUUAUUUACCAUUUACACAACAUGCCAACUUCACUGGUUUUGGGUUUUGUACUUUUAGUGUCCUUUGACACACACUUAACCAUAAGUCCACCGACCAUCGAGAGCCAAAACCAGCAAUAAGACCUGACAUAGUACCGGUACUGAUAAUGUGCCUCAGGGAACUCAGAUUUCCAGAGAAUAUAAACAAAGAAAGAAACAAGGCUAACUGGUAGCUUACCUGGUAACUCCAUCAUGGUUUCUUCUCUUCUACACUCGUUUGCCAUGUCUGGUGACUUUGUUUGACCCUAUUAUUUUUGAAUGUGUACCCCGCCUUGCCAAAAAAAAUGUAAGAAUCACAUCUCUGAAUUUGGAUUAACCAUAAUCAUUCAUUACUUGCUUGCACAAUUUAAAUUAACAAAAAAAAAAGACACAAAUGCAUUUUUACUGUCAAAAUGUCAUCCAGGAAAUGUUUUGGACUGUUUUACAGCCCUUUGAGACACUUGUGAUUUAGGGCUAUAUAAAUAAACAUUGAUUGAUUGAUUGAUUUUACUUGAAUGCGCGUAAUUUAUUUGCUCAAAACUUGGUAAAAGUCCAGCCAGGUUGUAUUUUGAGUGGGAGUCUCCUCACUCCUCCUAUGCACUG